GGAAGGGGGUGGCCGCGCCGGGCACAGCAUGGCUGCCAAGCCAAACAAUGGACUGGAGUUUGACAAGGAGGUGGCUUUAACCAAGAGAGCUGAUCCAGCUGAGUUGAAAACAAUAUUUUUGAAGUAUGCCAGUGUGGAGAAGAAUGGCGAGUUCUUCAUGUCCCCCAAUGACUUUGUCACACGGUACCUGAAGAUAAUUGGUGAUGGUGUGCCCAACGCGAACACGGUGCAGCUCCUGGCAGGAGUGGUGGACCAGACAAAGGAUGGGUUGAUAUCCUUCCAAGAGUUUGUGGCAUUUGAAUCAGUCCUGUGUGCUCCAGAUGCGUUGUUCAUAGUUGCCUUUCAGCUGUUUGACAAGACUGGCAAAGGAGAAGUUACUUUUGAGGAUGCCAAGCAAGUUUUUGGCCAAACCACAAUUCAUCAGCACAUUCCCUUUAACUGGAAUUCAGAGUUCGUGCAGCUGCACUUUGGAAAGGAUAGAAAAAGACACCUCACGUACGCGGAGUUCACCCAGUUUUUACUGGAGAUACAGUUAGAACAUGCAAAACAAGCUUUUGUGCAGAGAGACAAUGCUCAGGCUGGAAGAGUCACAGCCAUGGACUUCAGGGACAUUAUGGUCACCAUCCGGCCACACAUGCUGACACCGUUUGUAGAAGAAUGUCUCGUAGCUGCUGCUGGAGGUACCACUUCCCAUCAGGUCAGCUUUUCCUAUUUUAAUGGAUUUAAUUCUCUCCUUAACAACAUGGAGCUCAUUAGAAAGAUCUACAGUACUCUGGCUGGAAACAGAAAAGAUGUGGAAGUCACUAAGGAGGAGUUUGUUCUGGCAGCUCAGAAAUUUGGUCAGGUUACACCCAUGGAGGUUGACAUCUUGUUCCAGUUGGCAGAUCUCUAUGAGCCACGGGGGCGCAUGACGUUGGCUGAUAUUGAGAGAAUCGCUCCUCUGGAGGAGGGGACGCUGCCCUACAACCUGGCUGAGGCUCAGAGGCAGAAAGCUCCAGGCGAUGUGUCCCGACCUGUUCUCAUCCAGAUUGCAGAAUCAGCAUACAGGUUUGCCCUGGGCUCCGUUGCUGGAGCUGUUGGUGCCACUGCAGUCUACCCAAUCGACCUGGUGAAAACCCGAAUGCAGAACCAGCGCUCUACGGGCUCUUUUGUGGGAGAACUUAUGUACAAAAACAGCUUUGAUUGCUUCAAGAAAGUGCUACGUUAUGAAGGUUUCUUUGGGCUUUACAGAGGUCUCUUACCGCAGCUGUUGGGAGUAGCACCAGAGAAGGCCAUAAAACUCACUGUUAAUGAUUUUGUGCGAGACAAGUUUAUGAGUAAAGACGGCUCCGUCCCGCUGGCGGCCGAGAUCCUCGCUGGUGGCUGUGCUGGAGGUUCUCAAGUGAUCUUUACCAAUCCACUGGAAAUCGUGAAGAUUCGGUUACAGGUGGCUGGAGAAAUUACCACUGGUCCACGAGUGAGUGCCCUCACUGUGUUACGGGAUUUAGGCUUCUUUGGUCUCUACAAGGGUGCUAAGGCCUGUUUUUUGCGUGACAUCCCCUUCUCUGCCAUUUACUUCCCCUGCUACGCUCAUUUGAAAGCUUCCUUCGCGAAUGAAGACGGGAGGGUGAGCCCUGGGAACCUGCUCCUGGCAGGAUCAAUCGCUGGUAUGCCGGCGGCAUCUCUGGUGACCCCUGCAGAUGUCAUCAAAACAAGGCUCCAGGUGGCAGCCCGGGCGGGACAGACCACCUACAGCGGCGUUGUGGACUGCUUUGCCAAGAUCCUUCGAGAGGAAGGGCCCAAGGCUCUGUGGAAAGGAGCAGGAGCUCGGGUAUUUAGGUCUUCUCCUCAGUUUGGUGUAACCCUGGUGACUUACGAGCUGCUACAGAGAUGGUUUUAUGUGGACUUCGGGGGAGUAAAACCCGCGGGGUCGGAGCCGGUGCCCAAGUCCCGGAUCACGCUCCCUGCUCCCAACCCCGACCACGUGGGCGGGUACAAACUGGCCGUCGCCACUUUCGCAGGGAUUGAGAACAAGUUUGGACUUUACCUACCUCGGUUCAAGCCAUCGCCACCUACCUCAAAGGCUGCUGCAGCAGUAGGACCCUAAGUUUAUCGCUGAAGGGUGGGGUUGUUGUUUUUUUUUUUUUGGUUAUUAGUCGGGAAAGAGCCACUUUUCUAAUUGGUUGAUACUUUUGUUCCUUUUGCUUCUCAUCAUUUACCAGUUCGGCUUCAUUUGAGUUUUAAGGCGAUUUUCAUCUUCAGUGUAAUCAUUUGUCUUUGUGCUUCCUUAACCAGAUCACUGUGAAAUUCCUACCAGUUGUUUUCAGUUCGGGGACCAUGAAUGUAUUUGUCCACAUCCCACGUGUUUGAGAAUU